AUGGAGUCUGACUCCGAUCACGCUCUUAUUGAAAAGAAACAGAAAAAAACAGAGACACAAAUCGAUCACCCUCGCGAUUGGCAUCAGUUGGUUCGAUGCACUGGAAAAAAACAUCCUUUCAAAGUUGUGGAGAUGGACCAGUCAAAAUUUUUUAAUUAUGCAAAACUGCUAAAAACAGAGCUUCAAGUGAAGAAAAAAGACGAAACGGGAAACCUCUUUUACUGGCGUGAUAUUCGAGAAAUAAUGAUCGACAAAAAUAAUCUUGGGGUAAUGUAUUUUAAAACGGGCAUCAAUGAAAGUUAUAGGUGCCUUUCAUUCAGGAAGCGGGGCUCAUUAGCAAAGUUAAUUCCAGAAUUGCAGUACAAAGGAUUAGUGCCUAUUACCGCGAAGAAGAAAGACAAUCUAAUGAAGUUGCUGCCGUAUAUUUCUGACGUAUUCUGGGAUUUUUAUACAAAUCUUCCAACGAACCAGGCAGAUGACAUACAUCCAGAUUUGGAGUCUUCUGACGAAGAUGAAUAA